UUCCCUCAAAACAAAACAUUUUUCUCAUUUUUGCAUUUCUCCAUUUUUGUUGUUGCUUCUUCUGCAAUCAACCAUCAUCAACAUCUCUAUUUGCAGAAGAAGCACACAAAAAUGGGGUUGAAAGAAGAAUACACCCCUCUUCUUUCAAAUGCACCCCCUCUCUCAUCCAAAUUCAAAACCUUUGCAAACAUCUUCAUUUCAAUCGUAGGUGCUGGUGUUCUUGGUCUCCCUUAUAGUUUUAAAAAAACCGGAUGGAUCAUGGGUUUGCUUAUGCUUUUCUCUGUCGCUUUUCUAACUUUCUACUGCAUGAUGCUCCUUGUCCAAACUCGUCGUAGACUCGAAUCAACCACGGGGUUUACGAAAAUCAAUUCUUUUGGUGAUUUAGGUUAUGCAACAAGUGGCCCGUUUGGAAGAAUUUGUGUUGAUAUCAUGAUUGUUCUUACGCAAGCUGGUUUUUGUGUUAGCUACCUCAUUUUCAUUUCAACUACUUUGGUUCAUCUUUCUAAUAACAGCACAAGUUCAACAAUGUUAUCAUCUUCAUUAGGUUUCACACCAAAUGUUUUGUUUAUUUGGGUUUGUUUUCCUUUUCAACUUGGUUUGAAUGCAAUUCCAAGUUUGACCCAUUUGGCUCCUUUGAGUAUAUUUGCUGAUGUGGUUGAUAUUGGAGCUAUGGGAGUUGUGAUGAUUAAGGAUGUUUUUAUCUUUUUGGAAAAUAGACCACCUUUGAAGACUUUUGGUGGUUUGUCUGUUUUUUUAUAUGGUUUAGGUGUGGCUGUUUAUGCUUUUGAAGGAAUAGGAAUGGUUUUGCCUUUGGAAUCAGAAGCUAAAGAAAAAGAUAAGUUUGGUGGUGUUUUGGGUUUGGGAAUGAUAAUCAUUUCUUUGUUGUAUGGAACUUUUGCUGCUUUAGGUUACAUUGCUUUUGGUGAAGAAACUCAAGGGAUUAUUACUACAAAUCUAGGGCAAGGAAUGAUAAGUGGUUUGGUGCAAUUGGGACUUUGUGUUAAUCUGUUUUUUACUUUUCCAAUGAUGAUGAAUCCGGUUUAUGAAGUUGUGGAGAGAAGAUUGUGUGAUUCUAAGUAUUGUUUGUGGCUUAGGUGGUUGUUGGUUUUGAUGGUGAGUUUGGUGGCACUUUUGGUGCCUAAUUUUGCUGAUUUUUUGUCACUUGUUGGGAGUAGCUUUUGUGUUUUUCUUAGCUUUGUGUUUCCUGCCUUGUUUCACUUUUUGGUGUUUAGAGAUGAAUUGGGUUGGAGAUGUUUGGUUUUGGAUGGUGCAAUUGUGGUGUUUGGGAUUGUUAUUGCAGUGUCAGGAACAUGGUCUUGCUUAAUGGAUAUUUUUUACCCUAAGGCUUGAUUAAACAAUAAAAUCUCUUUUCCUGGUGUUAAAUUGCAUUCGCAACCGCAACUACAUGCGCAAUAUAACUGCAAUAUACAUGAUUUUACACCUUUGCAACCGCAUCACAAUAACAAUUUUUACCACAUGGAUUUUGUCACAAAGCGACCGCAACCGCGAAAGCAUUUUAAAACCAUGCUCUUGAUAUAUAAAGUUGAGAUUUUAGCAAUGGAGCUCUUUAUUUGGGUUAAUUUUUCUGUUACCAUAAUAACUUGGUAAUCCUUGAGGGAGAUCUUGCCUAAGCUCUAGUUGAGAAGAAUUUGUUGCUUGGGUUAUGAAUUAGAUUCUAAAUUGUAGUGUUUAUUAUCUAUGAAGAUCAGACACGAGAAACAACAAUGACAUAUAAUGAAUCAAUGUAUCAAUGUAUGUUAAUACACUUGUCUAUAAUGAAUCAAUGUGUACUAAUAGAAAUGAAUAAAUCUUAAUUAA